CGUAGAGAAGAAGAGAAAGAGGUCAGUCAGCAAUCUGAUCGACAGAGAGCGUGUGGUCAUGGCGGCACCAGUCUCCUCUCCUUGCUCGUCGCCACCAAGCGUGCCCUCGAGCUCCUCCUCUUCUGUAGGAAGAGGAAGAAGAAGCAGAAGCAGCUGCUGCUUCCUCCUCCACACAAACACAACCAGUCGUCCUGCUGCUGCAGUAAAUGUACGCCGUGGCCUCCCUAGUCCACCCUAUGCUCUGCCCGAGACCGCUGGUGCGUCCGUGCUGGUCGCCGGACUGGUGGCCGGAGGAGUCCUGCUCCUGCGGGGAGGAAACAGCAAGCAGCAGCAGCAGCAGGCAAAAGAAGAAGCAGAAGAAGAAGAAGCAACGCAGAUAGCAGAAGAAGCGUGCAGUGCUUGCGGCGGGAGUGGGCUGUGCCCGCGUUGCAAAGGGGAAGGCUUCGUCUUCAAGGAGGUGGCGGAGGAGACGGCCAGCCGGGCAAGGAAGGCCGCCAAGAACAUGGCCACCAGGUACACCGCGGGGCUCCCCACCAAGUGGACCUACUGCAACCGAUGCUCCUCCACGCGAUCCUGCACCAAAUGCCAGGGCACCGGAACCCAGCAAGCCGCUACACCCACCACCUUGUAAUCCUUCAGCACACCUUCAGCUUGCUUGCUGUAGCUUCUUGUAAUUCUGCUGCACUGGUCCAUUUUUUGUGCCAUAAAAAUCAAAUCAUCGGAAUGGAAUUUAUUACUGAUACAGUUUCUGCUGCA